AUGAUUGGACAGACGGACAGAUGGACAAGCGCACAGCAAAAGUCAUUUACACAGUCAUCAUACUGCUACUUAACACUGAAACCUAAUGAACGUCGGCUUGAAAGACUGGAGUCUGGUGCCAGAGAUGCUUCUGAAUUUCAGAAAUGGCAGGACGAAAUGAGACGAAAGGAUUUAGACCAAGAACUGGCUGAGAUAGAACAGAGAAGAAUCCUGGGUAAACUGAGUCAUGAAGAAGCCAUAUUAGCAAGACAACAACUAAUUAGAGAAAACCGAGAGAAAGUGCAAGAGAUGAAAGAGGAGGCUGCCAGACUAAUGCAAGAAUAUAUUGAGAAGAGACUGGAAGAGGAAGAAGUGAUGAAAAACUUAGUUGAAGAUGUUAUGACAAGUCAUCAAAACGCUAAAGAUGCAAAAGAUAAACUGAGAGAUUACAAACGAAAAAUUGUUGAUGAAGUAAACGAAGAAAGUCGGGAAUUGAUGAGGCAAGCAUUAGAAGAGGCCGAGGAAGAUAUGAAACGCAAGAUGGAAUUGAUUUAUCAGAUUCGUGCAAUGGAGGCUGUACCCAAGAUUCGACAUGCUUUUGUAGAUAUCACAAGCACAGCAGGGCAUGCAUUGCUCAGUGAAUUGUCUAUAGCCGAGCUACGAGAACGACUCGCACUUCUCAAAAUUAGCGAGAAAGAGUCUGAGGAAGAGAAAAGGGAUGAGAUUCUAGCCAGUAAGCAAGCCAGAGAUCAAAUGUUAAUGGAUAAACUAGAACAAAUAUCCAAGUUCAGGGCAGCGGAGGGACAAGCUGCAGCUCUCAAACUUGAAGAUAAAAGAAGAACAAAAGAAAAAAAAGCUGAAAUAAUAGAUCCACGUGUGAUUGCUAUGCAACAAAAACUUGAACAGAGAAAACAAGAACGAUUAAAAACUGCCGAAGUAAUGAAGAUCACACCCACCAAAAAGUCUGCCCAAAGGACGCAGAGUUUAACUAAAGAAAAGAAACGUUUAGAAGCAGACAGAUGGAGAGAAUUGGAGAAGACAAGAGAAAGGGCAGCUGCAUUGAAAUCUCAAGGGGCAGUUGGUAGCAAAUCAGUCAAUAAACUGUCAUCAUUCAGACAGCUGUCUGCUGGCCAAGCAGCCUCCUAAACUAUGAAUUAAAUUGAGUUAUAGUGACCUGAGUUAUUUAUAUUGUGCUUAUAUUCAGUGGCAAUCAAGCUGUGUCCUUAUUUUUAACACUUCUCUUGGGCAUGUUUACUGCCUUGUUUUCAAAUAUUUUCAGCCAACAGCCUCAUUUUCAGUUCACAGCCUCAUUUUCAGUUCACACCAGCCUCAUUUUCAGUUCACAGCCUCGUUUUCAGUUCACAGCCUCAUUUUCAGUUCACACCAGCCUCAUUUUCAGUUCACAGCCUCGUUUUCAGUUCACAGCCUCGUUUUCAGUUCACAGCCUCGUUUCCAGUUCACAGCCUCAUUAACAGUUUCUGUCAGCCACACUUUCAGCCCAUACCAACCUCAUUUUCAGUUCAUAUUAUCCUUGCUGUCAGUCCUCAGCACCAUUUUUAGUUCACAUCAGCCUCACGUUGGCACACCAGCCUUAAAUAUCCACCAGUGAAAUGUAAGCAUUGAAAUCAUAAACUGAACUACAUUUAUGAAAACAUUGCAGGACUGUACUUCUCAAAAAAUGCAAUUUCUCCUUCAAUUUGCCAUGUCCUUGAUAUUAUCAUAAUUUUGAUUGAUAUUAUGGCAGAUACAAGUAUUUUAUUAUGUAUUAUGUAAUUUGGUCACAUACAGGAAACAAGUUGACAAAGUAUUUCUACAAAGUGUGUAAUUUCUCAGCUUGUGUUUGAAAUCCAUUUAUAUAUUCAUAUUUUUGUGUUAUGAAUUGUAUUAUAUCUGUGUUAUUUGAUCCAAGUAUUCUAUACCAUGAAUAAAUCCGUCCCUUUC